CGACCAAACCAGACAAAAAUAUACCAAAUGGCCGAAGUACAGCAAAUCCCUGCUCCUAUUGCCCUCAAGGAGACCAAGGCAUCAACCGUCUCAUCCGUAAAGUCCUUCAUGUCUGGAGGCUUUGGUGGUAUGGCCUCUGUAAUGGUUGGCCAACCCUUUGAUCUUGUCAAGGUUCGUCUUCAGACCUCUGAAGGUGUCUACAAGAACACUGCCGACUGCUUCAAGAAGAUCAUUGCCAAGGAUGGUAUUCUCGGUCUUUACCGUGGUAUGGCUACUCCCUUGGCCAGUGUUACUCCUAUCUUUGCCGUCAGUUUCUUUUCUUACGAUCUUGGUAAAAAGAUCAUGUUUAGCUUAAAGUCGGACAAGGAGAGCAAGGAACUCACUCUGGCUGAGAUUACUGCUGCCGGUGCUUUCUCGGCUGUUCCUACUACUUUGUUCAUGGCUCCUUCUGAGAGAGUCAAGGUUUUGUUGCAGAUUCAGGGUCAGGGUGGUGAGCAAAAGUACAAGGGUCCUUUGGAUGUCGUUCGUCAGCUGUACAAGGAGGGAGGUGUGAGAUCUAUCUUCCGUGGCACUGGUGCCACUCUGUUGCGUGAUUCUCCUGGUUCUGCCGCCUACUUUGUUGCUUAUGAACUCGUCAAGAAGGCAUUGACUCCUGCAGGCACACGCCCUGAGGACCUCAACCCUGGAGCUGUUCUGUUUGCUGGUGGUAUGGCUGGUGUUGCCAUGUGGACUAUUGCUAUCCCCCCUGAUGUCCUCAAGUCCCGUCUCCAGUCUGCUCCUGCUGGCACUUACAGUGGUGUUGUCGACUGUCUCCAAAAGACCCUCAAGGCUGAUGGUCCUCGUGCUCUCUUCAAGGGUCUUGGACCUGCAAUGCUCAGAGCCUUCCCUGCCAAUGCUGCCACUUUCUUGGGUGUUGAAUACUCUAUGAAGGCAAUGAACCUCUUGUUCUAAACGCAUAUAGCAUACAAAAAAGGAAAUGAUAGAAGAAGAAGAAAAAAAAACAAUCAAAAGCAUUCCAAUAAGAGAGUUAGGCAAUAAUUCGAAGCCUUAAUUUCUCUCUUAUCUCUUUAUAUCUCAUUAUUAUUUCUUACAUAUAACAAACACGCACACCUCGACCUCAACCUUUAACCUUUAACCCUCCCUAUUAACUUUCUUUUUUCCUUUGAUAAAAAAUACAAAAAAAAGGAAGCAAGUCGAUAGUUACACACUCUUUAUUUAUACAAUAAACAUUUAUUUAUAUAUUACAUAUU